UUCUAAAGUCAUCGAACACUUUGGUGGAAGCGGUAACGAGAUUGUGACAUGAAGGCGAAACACCUGGAAUAGGAAAGUUUUUGCUCUCUCUAUUUCGCAAUGAUUUAACGUUUCUUGGUUAGAGUUGGAUGAAAAAACAACAACCGUGAGCUAUCAGGAUUAGCGAACACCUCUGGAGGAGGCAGAGACUGGCAGCAGUGUUGGAGUUGUACAAGAGUUGGAAGCAGUGGGCGGGAAUAUUUAUUUCCAUCUGCCUGUGAAACUGACAAGGAGUAACACGACAUCCAUUCACCGUCCCUGGAGAACGGGAAUUCUGCAGAAAUUACGGGGGCGUCAAGUGAUGGAAAAAAACCAGUGCCAGUGCCAAUUGGGAAUUAAAGCAACCCUAACAUUUUUCUAAAUCCAGACUGCACCAAAGAGACAAAAUCGAAAGAAUCAAAUCGUUUUUUGAGCAGCAUUUAGUUCGCGGCAGGGAAUGUCUGAAUUGCGCAACGCCAUGAUUAUUUUUUAAACAAAAUCGAGCGUGACACGUUUUAAAGUACUCGUCCUUGGCAAAUUGCAAUAAAAAGAAUAGGGUUGUGGAUAAUGUAGACCAAUUAAGUCAGACUAAGUGUUACCGCUCCACAUUCAGCAAGAAACGGAAAGCAAUGUCUGGGCGUUGAACAUCUAAAAGUUACAAUUUCCUCCCAACUCUUCUCAAACUGGGGACCAAAUAAUUUUGAAGGAAACUAAGAACCACACCCCCAAAAGGCACACGCAAGUAAACUGCGAUCAACAGCUAUUGUAGCCAAAAGCGGAAAGAUGCGGGAUGGAAACAAUUCAAGUUUGUAUUUUUUGGAUAUGCUUUGUCAAAGAACUUUGCAGCAGGUGGGGCGAGAAGCCACGUAGGAUAUAACGCAGCAUAAAACAACACUUGGACGUUAUAAUGAAGAGAUUGUAAUUGCAGUAAAAACUUUCAGGCAGAACUGGACCUUUAACAAGAAAAAAACCCACGAAAAUCGGUAGCUCUGACUCGCAAUGUGAUUUGGACUCGCCUGCUCUCGGGAAAUUGUAUGUGUACCAAUCAGGUAGUAAGAUCCUGCUGUCCUUGUGCCUUCGGGAUAGCGUUCUACUCCUUCCCGCGUGCGCCCAAGGGUGGUGUUCUAUCCCAUCCCGCGAGUUAAGGGCGGGGUUCCAUCCCGCGUGCUCCUCUGUAUAGCGUUCCACUCCUUCCCGCGUGCUCCCCGGGAUAGUGUUCUAUUCCUCCCCGCGUGCUCCACGUAAUAGUGUUCUAUUCCUUCCCGCGUGCUCCCCGGGGCAGUGUUCCAUCCAUUCCCGGGGCGGGUGCUGGCCUGGGUAGUGUUCUAUUCCACCCCGCGUGCUCCCCGGGGUAGUGUUCUAUUCCAUCUCGCGUGCGCGCUGGGAUAGGGUUCCAUCCCAUCCUGCGUGCUCCCAGUAGUAGUUGACAUCCGUUCCCACGCGCUCCCUGGGGUAGGUCCUAUCGCGUGCUCCUAGGGGUGGGGUUCUAUACUUUCCCUCGCGCCCACCAGAACAGGUUUGUGUUCUAUCUGCACGCUCAAGGGGCGAGUGAGGCGAUUCUUCCCCACUUGCACCCCGGGGUGGGUGGUUCUUGUCUGCGCACCCCUCGGCUGGGUUGGAUUGCAUUAUCGCACACGUUGUCGAUUUUGUGCCAGUGCCUAAAAGAGGCAUUGGUUGUGGACCCUGGAUCUCCUGGAAGGGAGGUGACCGUGGAUAGCAUCCUCUCCUUUCCUGGCGUAGCACUCCCCGGACGUGUGCUGGACUUCUGAGACGUUGCUGGACAUUUGAGUCGUUGCUGGACCCCUGAGACCAACGUCACUUAGAAAUGGGCGUGCAAAGACCGAUUUGAAACGAUGUGAACUUCUCAUCGCACUUGCACGAUGACCCUGUUCGAUGGAAGUCCAGGGAGACAGAUAACAGCGCUUGCCAUUCUGGUCUAUCUUCUUAUCCUCAUCCGGACCAAAGAGAUGAACGCCUCGGCCAUCUUUUCAGAUUACUUAUCUAAAGUUUUACGUAGCCAUACGGAGCAAGCUUGUGAUGGCAGUCACCUAAACCUACAUUGUCCUCGAGAUACAACAUUAAGUAUACAGUCAGCAUUUUAUGGACGUAAGGUGCCAAGUUCCCUUUCGUGUCCAAGCUUAAAUCCUGGAAACACUGUUGAAGAAAAUCUAAAUUGCACAGCACCUACCACUUUACAGAAAAUACUGGAUGAAUGCCAGGACCAACAAUCUUGCCAACUCCUAGUCAAUAGAAAGGUUUUUGGACUUGACCCGUGUCCAGGCACCAGCAAAUACCUCCUUGUCUCCUACAAAUGCAAGCCCAAAGAGUACAAACGCAAACUAGCCUGUGAGGGCAAAGAACUUAAAAUUCGUUGUAAAAAUUCCGCAUUGAUUAAUAUCUAUUCAGCAACGUAUGGCAGAAUGUCAAAUGGAAAUAAAGCUUGCCCUUCAAAUCUCAAGCUGCCUGGAAUUGAAUGUUUGUCGCACACUGCCUUGCAAGUUGUAACAACAAGCUGUUAUGGUAAACAAAACUGCAAAAUUAUUGUCAGUAGCCACUAUUUUGGAGACCCUUGUUUACCUGGAAUGCAGAAGUAUCUCAGUGUCGUCUAUAUAUGUGUUUCCAAAUUGUUGCUACAGGAAGCUGAUCCUGGUUUCUCUGCUCUUGCACCUUCGUGGAUUUAUAAUGAGAAUGCCAACAAGUCUUUGAGCCCUCAAGAAUCCAGACUUUCAACAAAAGAAGGAAAAAUUGUAAUCGGCACCCUGCUUAUAUUUGCUUAUAUUAAAAAUAACCCAGAAAUAGUUGGUUUGUUGUUUGUAUCCAGUGUCUGCAUUGGAUUAAUAUUCACACUGUGUGCAAUCAUAACUCAAGUAUUCUGCAGAAUAGACCUGCGUAAAAUUUACCACAAGAAAAUUGACUCACCGGAAACUUACCACAGGAAAAUGGACUGUUGUCAGGACAAUAGUGAUGUUGAAGGCAACAGCAACAGUGAUGAGUAUGAAAGUACCGAUGAAGAUGAUGAUGAAGAAGUGAGUUCCUCAGACUUUACUUUUGAAGGAUUAACAAAAUUAUAUGGGACCACAGGAUCCAGCAGUGCAGAAGCAGCAGAAAUAGCUGAGAGGAUAGAACGUCGAGACAGGAUAAUACAAGAAAUCUGGAUGAAUGGAGGCUUAGAAGUACCUGUCGUGAGGAACCUUAAUCUGUAUUACUGAUAUCUAAGGAGCUCAAAAUCAUCAGAAUGAAUGUAUUGGCUAUUUGCAAUUCGUGGACUUAUUUCAACACAGCCUUUAUUAUAAAGACAAAGUUAUUUUUAUUUUAUUUCUAUAGAUCCAUUUUAGCUACGUUCCUUCUAUGAAGGAAACCGAUUGAUCUAAAAUGCAUUGUGAAUUCAAAAAUUGAUAUUUUUAGCAGGGUGAAAUCUUUUGGCCAGACCUCAGCUUCAGGGAACUGUGAACGGUUUUAUGAACUCAUCUAUUUUAUGGUAAAUUUAAAAUUUCCAGAUCACUGGAUCAGACCAUUGAUCAGAAAUAUUCUGAAACUGAAAUGUAUUCCAUGGUGACCAUGUUAGAUUGCUUCGGCUUGUGUUUAUACAUUUCACUAAGUCUGAAUAAAAUGAACAUUAAGUUGAAGGGAAAAUGAAUUUUUUCAAUGUCCAUAAAUUUGAUCUUUCAGAUAAAAAUAUUGUCAUUAA